AUGGCUUGUAAGUUGCGUAUCCCGAUCACAACUGACACUGCAGUGGAGGGAAUGAAAGAAAAGCUGUCGGCCGGCACAGCAAAGCUGAGCAAGGCGGCCAAGCUGCGCAAGUCCGACACGCAACUAAUGAAGCUGUCGAACGCUGCUGUCGAGGAGCGAGAAGCCCGUAACCGGGGCGGCGAGCCCAGUUUAAACCGUCUGCAGAUUGGCGCCCACCUCGGCAUCCUCUUCUUCACCUUUCUGAGCAUCUGUCUCAUGGCUGCUGUCGCGGCUUUCCAGGCCAAGUGGAUCAAGGUUUCCGGAGGAGUCGGCUUCUCGCUGUUCAUCCUUCUAUUCAACUUUGUGCUCGCUGCAUGCCUACUCGCCAUUCCGCUUGCUUAUGACCGAUGGGACAAGUGCAAGCGUGCUGCCCAGUUCCUGGCUCAGCCCCGUUCCCACGUCAUCCUGAACUCCUUCGGUGCUCUGCUCCAGAUCAUUGUCACUCUGAUCACGACCAUCAGCGGCUUCGGCAACCCCGGCUGCAAGAACCCGGACAACGACCCCAGCGCGGACGACGACCGCGGCGAUGACUACAAGGAUGCCCUCCCUGGCUGGUGCAAGACGAAGCAGGCCUCGGCCAUCUUUGACUGGUUCACCCUCGCGUGCUGGCUUGUCUUAGUCGCUCUCUCUGCCAUUGCUUUCCGUGACGAGCGCCGCCGCCUGCGCCGCGAGCCGCGCUUCAUUCCUCCCGAGGAGGAGGACGACACGGACCUCGAGAUCGCAACGGGUGGCUACGCCAAGGUGGGCCACGACGACGUCUUCGACGACAAGCACCAGGAGCGCCCCCCGAUGCCCACGGUCGACUACUCUGGUCACGCCGCCCCCGCGCCGCGCGUGAACCCCGCCGUGCAGCAGAUGCAGCAGUCGGCCCUCGCCCGCCCCAGCGUGGACGUCUACGGCGCCUUUGACGGCGACAUGCCCGGCGCCCAGGCGCAGAGCCGCACGAUGCAGAUGGCCUAUGCCGACCCGUACGCCCAGGUCCGCGCCAGCCUCGACACGCCGUACCAGAUGCCGGCGCAGUAUGCUCCGCCCCAGUCCUAUGGCUCGCCCGCGUACGGCUACCAGCAGAGGUAA